AUGAACGGCGCUCUGGAGCAUUCAGACCAGCCUGAUCCGGACGCCAUUAAGAUGUUCGUGGGUCAGAUUCCUCGCUCCUGGUCCGAGAAAGAGUUAAAGGAGCUGUUUGAGCCGUACGGAGCCGUUUACCAGAUCAACAUACUGCGAGACCGCAGCCAGAACCCACCACAGAGCAAAGGGUGCUGUUUUGUCACGUUCUACACAAGGAAAGCUGCCCUGGAGGCCCAGAAUGCACUGCACAACAUAAAGACCUUAACUGGGAUGCACCAUCCCAUACAGAUGAAGCCCGCAGACAGUGAGAAAUCAAAUGCGGUGGAGGAUAGAAAGCUGUUCAUUGGGAUGGUGUCGAAGAAAUGCAAUGAGAACGACAUUCGGGUCAUGUUUUCUCCCUACGGACAGAUCGAGGAGUGCCGCAUCUUACGGGGACCAGACGGACUCAGCCGAGGAUGUGCGUUUGUCACGUUUUCUACCAGGGCUAUGGCACAGAAUGCAAUCAAAGCCAUGCAUCAGUCUCAAACCAUGGAGGGCUGCUCCUCCCCCAUGGUGGUGAAGUUCGCCGACACGCAGAAGGAUAAGGAACAGCGGCGGCUGCAGCAGCAGUUGGCGCAGCAGAUGCAGCAGUUGAACAGCGCUUCUGCCUGGGGCAGCCUGACCGGCCUGACUGGCCUCACCCCGCAGUAUCUGGCAUUGCUUCAACAAGCAACCUCCUCCAGUAACCUAGGAGCGUUCAGUGGUAUUCAGCAAAUGGCAGGUAUGAAUGCUCUGCAGUUGCAGAAUCUGGCCACUCUAGCAGCAGCAGCGGCUGCAGCACAGAGCUCGGCCAGCCCGUCCACCGCUAGCGCCCUGACCUCCAGCACAGGGUCCCUGGGAGCCCUGGCCAGCCCAGCAGGUUCCACAGCAAACUCCAGCGCUGCCAUGGGUUCCCUGGGUUCUCUGGGGACACUGCAGGGUCUGGCCGGGGCCACCGUGGGCCUCAAUAACAUUAAUGCACUAGCAGGUAGCGUCAACAGUAUGGCGGCUUUGAAUGGCGGGCUGGGCAGCACAGGUCUGAGUAACGGGUCGGCCGGGCCUAUGGACGCUCUCACACAGGCCUACUCAGGGAUCCAACAGUACGCGGCUGCCGCCCUGCCCACCCUCUACAGCCAGUCCCUACUGCAGCAACAGAGUGCUGCGGGCAGCCAGAAAGAGGGACCUGAAGGAGCCAACCUGUUCAUCUACCACCUGCCACAGGAGUUUGGGGACCAGGACAUCCUACAGAUGUUCAUGCCUUUCGGAAACGUGGUGUCUGCCAAAGUCUUUAUCGACAAACAGACCAAUCUGAGCAAGUGCUUUGGUUUCGUCAGUUAUGACAAUCCAGUGUCUGCGCAGGCCGCCAUUCAGGCGAUGAACGGCUUUCAGAUCGGCAUGAAGCGUCUCAAAGUCCAACUUAAGCGCUCGAAGAACGACAGCAAACCGUACUGA